GUUUUUCAAUUUGUCUACCCAAUAAUACAGUUCAGCUGAGACGGUCUCUUUCUCUCUAAAGAUAUGGCGUUUUUACUCAACAAAACUGCACUCUCUAAACUUCGAUUGAAAGCUGAUGAUUCGUUAAUGCUAUCAAGACGUGGAUUUCAUGUUGAACCUGGAGCUCGUGAGAAGGCUGUGAGUCUCUUGGCCGAGGACCCAGCACUAAAGUGUUUCAAAUCACAUAAGAAAAGUGUGCGGCGCUUGAAAGUAGUAGGAGAUGCUCUCACAGUGCUAGUUGUAGCUGGAUGCUGCUAUGAAAUUUAUGUUAAAGCAGUAAUACGAGAAGAAGCUCGUAAUCAGGCGAAAGAGAAUGCAUAAAAGUGGAAGCCCUGUCAUUUACGCCGUUUUCCAUCAGUACAAAAUAUCUACUGGGCAAGGGAAAUGGACAGUUUGAUGAUAGUACAAGACUUUUGUUUGGACCACAAUGGCUAGUGAUUUUGAGAAUAAAAUGGUUUGAUAAUUUCAAACUCCUUGAAUUGGCAAGUGUAAUGUCAGUUGAAUGUAGUUUGUAAUAGUUUUCCAAUUUUUUUUUUUUUCUUUUGACUGUUAAACAAAUUCAAUGUGAAUGUUCUCUGGUGGGUGGGUAUUACCGAGAUAAUGUUUGUUAUAUUGUACGGUGCAUGAACGAAUAACACAAUAAGAGGGUGUUUGUGAGCCAUUUUUAUGUAAAAAUAUAUUUUGGAAUGGUAAAUUGAUGGGAAAUGUGUGGUUGAAAAAUAA